AUGUCGGCGGUGCAACCGCCCGUGUCGGAGGCGGCGCACGCGCCGUUGUCGGCGCAAGCCGCCGCUCUGCUGCUCUCCGCAUUGUCCAUCGCCGCGCGCGCGCUGAUUGGCUCAUUUCAUCUCUUCCUCUCCGCGUUCCUCCUCCACGUGGCAUCAGUCGCCGCGUCCGCCGCGUCGCUCUGCGUUUCCCCUCUCUCGUCCAUCCUCCACGUGGCGAACUCAAACGCAGCAUCGACGUCCGACGAGCCUCUCCUUACAGCGGAUGCCGCCGCCGCUGGCGGUCGCAACGAGGAGACACAGAAAGACAAUGGACGAUUACGCAACGCCAUUGGACAGCAGUACCCGCCGCUGUUGCUGUACGGCGGACACGUGGCGCACCAUAGGAGCCACCCGACGCGCCACGGCUUUAACUAUGCGGUGCGCUACGCGCUGGUGAACCUCGACGCACCUCCUGAUUGGUUCGCGCGCUCGUCCGCGCGCCACCACAUGUCGGCCGACGAGGCGCGCUCGUUCGCUGGGACGGAUGGACCCGUCUUUCUGCUCACCAACCCAACGAGCAUGGGGUAUGAGCAGAACCCCAUCAGCGUCUACUACUGCUACCGUGCCUGCAGCAGCACCGCCGCUAAUGGCAGCAGCAGCGAGAGCGAGGGGGAGCAGGAGCCGCUGUUGCCUCCUGCGGAGUCCCUGGCUGUCUGCAUUGGCGAGUCAGCCUUGCAAGAGCUGCCUUCUCCCCGACCUCUUGCUCUGACCUCCCCAUUCCAGUCUCCGAUUCACUCUAUCCACCCACCCUCUCACCACGGCCUCAAACUCCCGCUACCCAACACCCUGUGGACCAACCGAGUCAUUAAGUUUCUCACACCCAUCCUUGUUGCUUCUCCACCCUUCCCCUACCUUCCCCUCACUUCCCUCCCGCCCUUCCCCUCCCUUCUUCUCCAUUCCCCUCCCUCCCUUCCCCUCAUUUCCACUCUCUCGCUUCCUUCACCAUCGCGUGUCUCCAACACUCCCUCUGCCGAUCAAAAUUCCUGCCCUCCUCUUCACCCCGCCGUCCCCUGCCCGCAUCCCCAACCCUAUCCCCUGUGUCGCCCUCCCCUUCUCCUUUCCCCCUCUCUACCACCGUGUCUCUUCUCUACACGCUCAAUCUGUUAG